CGUUAGCCUUGCAUUCCUGAAAUUCCAUGAUGUGAUGUCAGAAGGGACGGGACAUAGGCUACGUAUCUAAACCUAUGCGCUGCUCUUGGCUGCUCCGGAGUUGUGGAGUCGACGUUAUAUCACAAAACCCAGGGUCUAAGGGAAAGUCGAUCACCUACUUUUUUAUAUUUUUGGCACAAUUUGGAUAACUUUGCCGAAUGUUGUUUUGCUUUUGGGGCUCAUGAACUUCACUCAGUUGAAGACUAGGAUAUAGCCUACGACUCGCAUCUUGAGGGGUAAAGUUCCUUUGGAGUUUUUUAUUUAUUCUCCUUUUCGACAGAUUUUGUGUAUUCUGGAAUAAAAUACUUAAUUUUAACAAUUUCAUACAGAAUUUUGACAAAUGGAAAUGGAGAUUAAAACUGUUUUGAGGAUUAACUCAAUUUUGAGGAUUUGAGGAGGCCGUUCCACUCCGUCGAGCUCGCAGAAUUUCCUCAGCGCAGACACAAUUUCGGCAUGUAGCAAAGGAAAUACGCUCCCAGUGAUCCUCCUCCAGUCCACCUCUCCUCUUUCUCCUCUUCCAGACGUCUCAGGGAAUGGGCCAGCACCUUCCCAGAGAGCACUGCUUCACCCUGGGGUGUGGCUGCCACGCGAGGGUGGGAAGAGCAGCAUCAACGUCCUAAAGCCCCACCCCCUCAUUCUCUUGUGACCUUUCACAUCUCACCGCACUGUGACCUCUGAGCCAUGCCGUUCAGGCUGAUGCUGCGUCGGACACGGCGCUACAACGUGCUAAGCAAGAACUACUUUGUGACGCGGAUUCGUCUGCUGGACAACAACGUGAUCGAGUGUACUCUGUCUGUGGAGAGUACGGGGCAGGAAUGUCUGGAGGCAGUGGCCCAGAGACUGGAACUACGAGAGACCCAUUAUUUUGGCCUGUGGUUCCAGGGGAAGGCCCAGCCCCAGUCCCAGCGCUGGGUCGAGCUGGAGAAGCCUCUGAAGAAACAGCUGGAUAAGUUUGGCAACGAGCCACUGCUCUUCUUCGGGGUCAUGUUCUACGUCCCCAAUGUGUCACGCCUUGAGCAGGAGGUCACCAGGUAUCAGUACUACCUGCAGGUGAAGAAGGAGGUGCUGGAUGGACGUCUCCACUGUACCGUAGAGCAGGGCAUCAGACUAGCAGGCCUAGCAGUGCAAGCUGACUUUGGGGAUUUCACACAGUUCCUGUCUCAGGACUUCCUCAGGGAGUACGUGCUCUUCCCAGUGAACUGGCCUCAUGUAGAUGAAGUGCUGGAGGAGUGGACUCAGAAGGUGGCAGAGGAACAUAAGAGUCACUGUCGAAUGCAGCUUGCAGAAGCAGAGUUGCUCUAUAUCAAGGAGGUAGAGAAGCUGGAUGGCUUUGGACAGGAGAGCUUUGCUGCUAAGGACACCUACACCAAUGACAUCUUCAUUGGUGUGUCCUUCAUCGGAGUCUUCGUCAAACACAGGAACGGCAGGUCCAUUAUGCACCACAGAUGGAAAGACAUUGGUAACAUAGCGCACAACAAGUCGGCCAUCACAGUAGAGAUAACCAGUAAAGAUGACACCAUCAUGUUUCACACGGAUGACAUAGAGCUGUCCAAGUACAUCGCUCGGCUCUUCACGGCCAGACACAAGUUCUACAAACAGAACAAGAUCUGUGCAGAAGGCAGCAGAGGAUGCUCAUGGUUCAGACCAUCUCCCAGUAUAAGUUUGUUUACCAGGUCCUUAUCCAGUUCCUCAAAAACUCCCGUCUCAUCUAAACCCUCACCUCUGACCCUUGACCCUUGACCUGGUCCCACAUGAGCUGACACAAGGACAAUGGAAUACUGGUGCCGCAAAUAACCCCCCUCGCAGUCCUAGAGGGCUGGGUAAGUGUGAAUAGCAUGGUGAUAGCCUCACUCAGCCCUCUGGUAUGGUAGGAGUUUCUGCCAUAUUGCAUACAUCUAUCUAGUCCUAUCAAAGACAGGGGAAAGUAGGUAUGUUUUCAGAUUUGAACACAGCCAGGGACAACUAAUAUAUCCCAACAGUAAUUAUACAGAGUGUAUAUUUCAGACCUCCACAUUUAAUCUGAAAAGCGUCCUACUAUUCAGUCUGUCUCUCUUCUUUAUCUUGGAGAGAGAGGCUUUUCUGUUGUAUUAGUGAUAGCCUCUCUGUCUUAUGUCUUGUCAAUGGAGAAACCUGAGAGAGAUACAGACCAGACUAGCAUUCUAGAUGUUAGCGUUUAAAGUCACAUGCUAAAUGAUGAGUGUUGGUCGUUUCUUACCUGAAUUUAAACCAGGUAAACCCAGGAGACAAUUAUCUCAGCAUUUUCACAUUUAUUCCUUUAAAACAAAUGCUAAUUGAAUAACUUUUUGGAAUAUGGUUCCCCAUUUGAUAAUAAUGGCAUUUCAAAUGUAAGGCUAAUACACCCUUGUUAAUCAAAUUGAACCGAAAUCUAGGAAAAGGUUAAUGACAUGGCAUUGUUUUUCAUUGAAUAUAAUUCUGAGCUCUGUAUUGUUAAAAUGAGAAACUGUCAUUUUUUACACUAAAUUAGAUGAUAAAGCUAACGUUACAUAAAUGUUUUUUCAGGUGCCACUUAAAAAAAAUACAGGACAUGGCACUGUUGGUUGUUAUUUCAAGUUAUGUAGAAUCAUAUGUUUUUCUAAGCUGUCAGAAACCUUUCUAAAUCUAUGGUAAGAUACAGUGAAGACUUGUCUCAACAUUUCAAUAUUUAAUAUUGUUGUAUUUUUUUUAUUUUUUUUUUUAACUUUUAUUUAUUUAUCCUAAUACCAUCCUCAUAUUUUUCAUGAAUGUGGCUCAUUGGAGUGCAUGUUGACAGUCGGAUCAUCUUUGCAAAUAGUUCUGUGGACGUUUGAGUAGGAUGUGUCUAAAAUUGUCAUUGCCCUUCAAGUAUUCCACUCACCACUCACGUACUUCCAGAUAUCUCACAUUCCUCAUUGUCUUGACUGGUAGUACAUCUAUUGUUCUUUAUCAUCCUCAGCCAAAUUUUCAUGUACAUUACAGUAUGUCCAUUUACAAAGGCAUAUCAAAUACAUAUAUGUUUAUCCCAGACUUCCAUUGUAAUUAUCUCCUGUGUUCUCUCCCAAGUAGUUUCACAUAUUGUAGGCAUUCCUUCACCUUUCUUGAGAGAAACACCCUUUCUUUUCAUGAGUCUAAUGUACAACGCCCAAAGUUAUUUUAGUUCUAGAUCCUACAUGUGUGUAGUCCCAGAUGCCAGUAUGUCUCUGCUCUAGUUGACUAAAGCAGACUGACACUCAGGCUGCUGAAUGUUAUGUAGGCCCCAGUUUGUCACACUGUCCCACUCUACAGAGGAGUCCAUGAAAGUUCAUGUUGAAUAGAGAAGUUUGUGUUCUGAUAUGGUGGCAGUGAGCCAAAUCCAGAAGGACAGAUAGAGCUGAUCCCUAAGAUGGAGGACAGACACUAACAGUAGUAUUGUGCCUUAUUAAAGCGCAGGGAUGGGCUACCCGGAUGUUUGUUUCCAUAGGGAGGGACUGGUAGAGUCCAAUCAGAUUCAGAGCUAUAGAUCUACAGUUUGGCAAACUUCCAUCUUGGCACCAAGGUUCCAUUUAGAUUUGGUCUAUUUGAUAUAAUGGUAUUGUCUCUUGGUGCCAAUAUAGUGUCCAAUGUUUUUUAAUCUCAAAUUGAGUUUGUCAAACGGUAUAUCAAUGGCUCUGAAUUGAUGUAAAUCUAUUUUGAUAUUAUAGACCAGCUAGAUAUGAUCUGUUUUAGACCGUAUAUUUAUCGACCAACAUGGGUUGUGUCUAGGGUUACAAAAAUCCAGGAACUUCAUUAAAUUCCCUGGUUUUCCCGAAAUCCUGGUUGGAGGACUCCAGAUUUCCUGCUUAUUCCCUACUUAUUCUGGGAAUUUCUGGAAAACCAGGGAAUUUAUUGAAAGUCCAGGAAUUUUGCAACCCUAGUUGUGUCCCAAAAGGUUUCAGUGACCAACCAGUCAAAGCCGCAAUGGCUGCCAUUUGUUUUUGUAUAACUGUAAAAUCUAUCUCUGUAAGGAUCUUAGGGCUCAAUUCAAUCUGUAUCGCUGAAGCUCUACAGAUGGCGUGAUUGAAAUUCAAUUUCCGAUUUAAGCCGAAAUCUGCAGCGUUUACCGUGAAUGCAGUCUCCUCUAAAGCAGGAAAAUUGCCUUUAAAUUUCAAUCACGCUGUAAUGCUGAACAUCCGCACUACAAAUUGAAUCCAGCCGUUAGUGUUCCUAUGUGCCUAAACCCAGCUAUGGCUGCAUCCUACAUAAUCUGUUAUGUUGUUUUUCUAUAUCUGUGAGAGUUGUGAUGCAAAGCCAGCCAUGUCUAAAUUAACGUGUGUAUACCGGGCAUGCGAGAAAGAUUUCUACAAAUGUUUUAUUUUUUUUGACUUGGUACCCUUAAAAUACCGUAAGAUAAUGAACUAUGCAUGCUUUUUUUAUAUUCCAAUGUAUAUAUCUAUACUCAAGAUACGUAUAUACGCUUUAUGUUCUCUUGACAUAUGAGUGUUCUAUUGCAUUCUCUUCUGUUUGUGAGUAUUUUCCCACAUUGCAUUAAUGUUAAUGUGUUAUUUUCCAUUUAAUGUUUCUGGCAUAAUUCCUGAGAAACUUUCAAUAUAUGUUGUGUAUAUAUGUUUUGUAUAUGCUUUUGCCAGUGCAUCAAGUCUUUUUUUCUUCCUACCCCCAGUUAUGUAUGAAGCUGUCAUACUUGCUUAUUAUGCAAUAAAGCAUUAUUUUCUCUA